AUGGACGAGUUCGGUGUUCUGACUGAAAGGUACGGUCUCAAACCGCAAGGAAAAUCCGCUCCAAUGGCGAGGCCAUCACCAAAGCGACCUCCAAUUGGCGCUGAUUCCCCCAAUUUCAAAUCCACCCUAAACGGAUCCCCAUCUCCCCAAACUCCCCCUUACGAUUUCAAUUUUGAUUACGGGGUUUUCAGCAGCAGCAGCAGCAAUAAUAACAAGACGCAGCAUUUCGACGAUGUCUUCGGCGGAAACGCCAAAUCCAAUGGCGCUUCGUUUGACUACGAUUCCAUAUUCGCCGGAUCUAGUAAACCGGUUUCCACGUCGCCUUAUGUCGAUGACAUAUUCGGUGGAAUGCAUGCGAAGAGUGUCGGUGUUGAUGAUCUGCUUGAUAAGAUUGGUGGAUUUAAUACAAACAACAAAAGUCCAAACUCCAAAGCACCUGGUUUUGAUGAUCUGAUCCCUGGCUUUGGUGUUUUCCAUAAUAGUGCUGAGAUGAAUAGGCCAAGUGUCACUCCAAACAAACCCGCUACCGUGUCUCACGAUGACCCCUUUUUGAUAUUUGAAACCGCUUCAAGCUCAGUGUCUUCAGAAUCAGUCCUGGACUCGCUGGAGCAGAUAACUAAGAUGAAUAGCUCUAAAGGUUCAAAAGGAAGCUCCCCAAUAUUGAAGUCCCCACCCAAUCCAAUGAGUAAAGGUACUUUCUAA